UCGACCUGAAGCUUUCUCUCUUUCUUUCCCUCCUCCUGCACCCCGAAACUCCAGGUUACAGUUUCGUUCCCCUCCUGCUGGACACAACUUCUACCCGCCGUGACCAUCGACAAGAUGAAGACGUUCUACAACGUCUACGCUAUUUGCGGCUUCGCCGCCAUCGGUGGAGCCUUGUUCGGCUUCGACAUCUCUUCCAUGAGCGGGGUACUGGGAACCAAUGCGUACAAGAAUUACUUUCAUAAUCCUACCGGCUAUCGUCAAGGCGGCAUCACUGCUGCCAUGCCGGCUGGGUCGCUUUUCGGCGCCCUCAGUUCUUCCUUCAUCGCCGACAAGCUCUCCCGUCGCACCGCUAUCCAAGUCGGUGCCCUCAUCUGGGUCAUCGGCGCCAUCCUCCAAACCGCUGCUAAUGGUGUUGCUCUUCUCUGCAUCGGCCGUGUCAUUGCCGGUGUAGCCAUUGGUAUCUGCUCUGCUAUUGUCCCGGUCUAUCAAUCCGAGAUCGCUCCCAAGGGUAUUCGUGGACGUGUUGUGUCUCUUCAGCAGUGGGCCAUCACCUGGGGCAUCCUAAUCCAGUACUUCAUCCAGUAUGGUGCAUCCUUCGUCGACGGCGGCCCCAAGGCCCCUAACCAAGGCACUGCCGCAUUCCGCAUCCCAUGGGCCAUCCAGAUGUUCCCCGCUGUGCUUCUCUUCUUUGGCAUGUUCUUCUUCCCACGCUCUCCUCGUUGGCUUGCCAGUAAGGGCCGCUGGGAGGAGGCCCUCAGGACGCUCGCCAAUCUGCAUGGCCGCGGCGACACCACCAACGCCACCGUCCUCGCCGAGUACCACGAGAUCGAGGAGGCCCUUCGCUUCGAGCGUGAACAGGCCGUCACCAGCUACAAGGCCCUCACGCAGCCCCGCAUCUUCAAGCGCGUCAUUCUCGGAAUGUCCAUACAAAUGUGGUCUCAAUUGUGCGGCAUGAAUAUCAUGAUGUACUAUAUCGUUUACAUCAUGCGGGGUGCCGGCAUUGCGGAUGAGCUCCUGACCUCGUCUAUUCAAUACAUCAUCAACGUGGCCAUGACGCUUCCUGCCAUUCUGUGGCUCGAUCGCACUGGCCGCCGUCCCGCCUUUCUGCUCGGUUCCUUCGGCAUGAUGAGUCUCUUGUUCAUCUCGGGCGCCAUCCAAGCCUCCUACGGCCAGCUCAACACCAACCCCGCUACCAAGGACGAAGUCUCCUGGGUCCUAGUCAACAAACCCGGCCCAUCCAAGGGCGUCAUCGCCUGUAGUUAUCUUUUCGUCGCCACCUUCGCGGCCACCUGGGGUCCUAGCUCGUGGACUUACCCCUCUGAGAUCUUCCCCGCCAAGGUCCGCGCGAAGGCUGUCUCUCUGUCCACGGCUUCGAACUGGACCUGGAACUGCAUCUUGGCUUUCGCCGUCCCGCCGCUUCUCCAGAAGAUCAAUUGGAGGAUGUACAUGAUCUUCGGGACUUUCAACGGCCUGGCGUUGAUCCAUAUGUUCUUCACCGCUCCCGAGACCAAGGGCAAAUCCCUCGAGGAGAUGGACGACAUCUUCGACAGCGGCAUCCCCGCCUGGAAGACGGCGGGCACGGGCUCCCGUCUCGACCAGCUGCAGCGCGACAUCGAGAAGGGCGAAGUGCAACUCACGACUCCGAUCCACCAGGAGAACGUCCAUGCCAAGACGGGUUCGUAGAUGUGUCUAUAGUGGGUGACACAGGUAGAGAAUGGGCUCUUACUGAGCUUGGAUAUCAGAUUGGUGGGAUUACAUGGGAGGGUUUACAAUGGGUGUGGAUAGAAGGGACGGUCUUUUCUCUUUGACGGCUCGGGCUGCAACAGGGGAGCUGCAAUCGCAGGUAGAUGGUCAUUUAAUUGAUAUCUCUCUCCUUA